AUGGCAGGUACUGUCCGUGAUAGAGACGACAUGUUGAGGAUUGGCCGGGAGCAGGAACUAAAUCGUAAUUUUCGGUUUCUAUCCGUGCUAGGAUUCACGGCAGUUUUAAUGUGUACUUGGGAGGCAGUUCUCAUCGGGAGUUCAUAUGGCUUGACUGAUGGUGGAGCUGGUGGAAUGAUUUACACCUAUAUCGGCGGAGUAUUAGGGUUUUCUGCGGUUGUGUUGUCGAUGGCGGAGAUGGCAUCCAUAGCACCCACCUCUGGUGGUCAAUAUCACUGGGUGUCUGAAUUUGCGCCACGGAAAUGUCAGAAAUUUCUCAGCUACAUCACUGGCUGGGUGUGCGUCCUUGGCUGGCAUACAGGAAUAGCUCUGUGCAGCUAUACUGUUGCUAAUAUGCUGACUGGUCUCUUGACAAUCAACUAUCCGGAGACAUACGAUCCCAAGCCAUGGCACGGAACGGUCUUAGUGAUUGCAGUUGCAUCUACAGCAUUUGUUUUUAACACAUUUUUAGCGCAGAAACUGCCCAUAAUCGAGGGCAUGAUUUUGAUUAUACACGUCUUUGGCUUUUUCGCCGUUCUCAUUCCUUUGUGGGUUCUGGCACCGAGAAAGACGCCGUCUCAGGUCUUUCUGUCGGUAGAGGACCGGGGAGGAUGGGGAGAUAAUGGCCUUUCUUGUCUUGUGGGAUUAGUUGCACCUGUAUAUGCGUUAAUUGGGCCCGAUUCUGCUGUUCAUAUGGCCGAGGAAAUCCGCGACGCAUCAUGGACCCUCCCUCUAGGAAUGGUCUGGACUCUCAUUAUCAAUGGCGUAACCGGGCUGGUGAUGAUCAUCACUUACGCGUUUUGCGUUGGUGACAUUGAUGAGGUGCUAGCCAGUUCCACGGGAUUCCCGUUUAUUCAGGUGUUUCUUAAUGCCACUGGCUCCGUGCAAGCAACCACCGGCUUGACGAUUUUGAUGAUGCUCCUACAAUUCUGUGCAACAAUAAGCAAUGUGGCUACUAGUUCUCGACAGCUCUUUGCAUUUGCGCGCGAUGAUGGAUUUCCUUAUUCAAAGUUUCUCUCGCAUGUAAAUCGACACUUCAUGGUUCCAUUAAAUGCGUUAUGCAUAGGACUUAUCAUCGUGUGUCUAUUGUCACUGGUGAAUAUCGGCUCAUCAGUGGCAUUCAACGCUAUCAUGUCUCUCGGGACCGCGUCCCUCCUCUCAUCAUAUAUAAUAUCGACAUUCUGCCUGAGACUAAAGCGAUGGCGCGGAGAACCUAUUCCUCCAGCCCGCUGGAGUCUUGGACCCAGAUGGGCACCCAUUAUUGAGACAGUCGCCCUUAUCUUUCUCUCUCUAGUGUGGGUAUUGUGCUUUUUCCCGGUCAGCAAGGAUGUCACGGCGGGUACGAUGAAUUGGAGUGUUGCUAUUUUUGGAGGUGUCAUUAUUGUUGCGCUUGUAUAUUAUUAUUUCUCUGCCAGGCAUGUCUAUCUGGGCCCUGUAUCGCGUAUCAGGACGAUGGUUUGA